AUGCCCCGCGAGAAAAUACAUGUGGCCGAAGCUGUUCAGUUAUUUGAAAGAUUCUUAGCUGGAGAUAACUUUGCAACGAUACCAAAUGAGGCCAAACGAUUACAAUCAGAAUCUUGUAAUUAUAUGGAGUUAGGGCACGACAGUCGAAAUAUCGUGGAAUACUAUCAUGACAGUUUGAAGAAUUAUAUAGACAAGCAUCAUUGUAUCACCAUAGCGAAUAUCAUCGAUUGCAAAGAAUUUACAGAUGAGAUUUUUUUCAAGAUGAGUAUUCUAGAAGACACCUUGGAAAAACUCAUUUCUCGUGGUAAGACAAAGCUAACCGUGAACGACUUUCGUAUAUUGGUAGCUGAUGAAAUGGUACACACAUUAAAUACUGUACCACGUUUCCUAAGAAAAGCCUUCAAAUGUGCCCUCUAUGACGAAGAAUAUGAUUUUGAAAAGGAUAUCGGAUGCAUUUCAUUGAUUGCGAGAGGCGGAAUCCAUGACUUUAAACAGUUUGUAGAGAAGUUACGAUUCUCGAAAUAUUAUAAUAUAGGUCAAUCGUUCAUUAGUGAUUUCGAAGACGAAAUGCAUAAAGUUGUACCAGCUUGUAUAAAGUACUGGGACGAAAAAAAAGUUAGCUGGUCGGUAUUCCAUGGUUAUUUUCUUUCACAAGCCAUCAAACUCGUUUUAGAAACAAUACGAUGGAAUGAUACAGCCAAUUUUGAUGAAAUUAUUUAUAAGGAUGCGAGGGUACUGCUUAUGCUGACAGCUGGGACGAAAAUACCCUUUGAUGAAAUUUAUCACAAGUUCUUGACUGCUAACCAAAACGCGAUAUUUGAGAAAAAAAAUGAACAGGCUAUUAAAAAGUAUAGCCGUGUUUUUCUGGAUAACUUCCUAUCAUGCAAUGAGAUACCUAAUACGACCCAAAGAAUAGACCAAAUAAUAAGAUAUAUUUGUUCAUAUGAAACAUACUCUAAUCAUUACAUUCCAGAGCUUUCAAAACUACCUCAACUAAACGAAAUAAAAACCAGAAUACGAUCCGAAGUCAUCAAGGCCAUUAAAACGUUUGAAAUCUAUGAUUUGCAUAAAGCAACUCUCAACUUGCUUGGGAAAAAUCGCGUUGCGGUGAAUUGUAACAUUCUUUUCUUUAUACUGAAUUAUCUUCCUCACCGGAAGGAGUUUUUCAGAAGUAGAUUAACACAAAGAGUUAUUCACAAGCUCGCUAAAACUUGGGAGCAUUACGGAUCUCUCGAACGUGACCUCUCUGAAGAAGGAAUUGAAGCAAAUUUGGUUAAGUACAUAGGCUCUGAAUCAUCAUAUGAUCUAGAAUCUGUGCUGAAAGCUUCCAUAUCCGCUUUGCAUUCUGAGAUUACCUUUGGGAAUUACAAACUAAUGCCAUUAUUUGUCAACAGCGCAAACGUUAGCUUUUCACCCCCAAAACAUGAUCCAAUAUGGAUCAAUUGUAACUUCGAGAAGGAAUGGAAAAUAAGCUGUGAUGCGUUUGCGAAAAGCAAUACCGUUCCACUCGAACCUCAUGGCCUGCAUUCCAUAAUAAUGGAGUUACCCAUUAAGGUGUCUAAAGAUGUUUACUACCACGUGUUCCUGGAUAUGACCGCUGCGGCAAUCUUGUACUGUUUCAACGAUAGUGAUUCAUGGGACAUAUCCGCAGUUCGCUCGAAACUAGCAGUACCCUCCGAAAAAGAAUCAGACUUUGAAGCAUGUUUACAAAGGCUUGUUGGAAGGAAGCUAUUAAAUUUGAAAGGAGCAACUCUCACAUUCAACUACAAGUUUAAAGCUCGCGUUAGCGAUACUGGGUUGUUCAGUCUUUAA